UUAGCUGAACUUUGUGAAUAGACUCGUGGGGCGUGUGUGACUUAUCGUGUGUUCAGUUGUCGACAUCUGCUGUCGGCUCAGAGAGCAUCAUUCAGCAGCGGGUACCGCAGCAUCUUCCACACCCGCAUCAGCCCCGCGGCCUCCCCUGCGGGAAUCAAAACAGCCAUCACGCACACAUGUCCGACGAGGACCUGCAAACACGACACAAAGGCCCUCGUACAAGAGGCGUGAAGCGCAUUGUUCUUUUUUCAAUGGCGUCUUAAUUCGCGCGCGAGGAAUGGCAGCUAAUCAGAGGCUUUGUGAAUCCGUUGACACGUCACCCUGCUCAGGUUUUCAAUGCAUGCGUUUGUGUUCUUGUGUUUAGAGCCGAUGGUCGUGUGUUAUUGUGUUAAGAGCCGAUCCAAACGCCGCGGAUGUUUUAACAGUCGUCCUCGAGACGACGCGUUUGCGCGCAUAUGCAUUAGCAGGUGUGGUUGCAAACAGGAUUGCGCGUUGUAAUUUCACAACGCGUGUGGAGAAAGGACAGUGAUGUGAAAAGGCUGUGAGUGCAUUGCUCUGUGUCAUUGCUGUGGUCCACACCCGUCAUGUCUCCUCCAGCAUCAGCUGAAUCCAGCACCACCACCGUCUGUGAGGAGGAGGAGGACACCGACAGUCCCAGAGAAGAGCAGAGGCCGGUGAAGCAGUCGCUGAGUAAGUCCAUGUGCAGAGAGGUGUUCUGGAAAUGCCUGCUGCUCUCCACGCUCAUGUACGGCUGCGUCGGAGCCAUGGUCUGGUGCCACGUCACCCGGGUCACCCGCUCCACCAUCAUGACGCCUGUCACCUACUACGACAGCCCCUGCUCGGACGGCUACAUCUACAUCCCGCUGGCCUUCCUGGUCAUGCUUUACAUCGUGUACCUGGUGGAGUGCUGGCACUGCCACGCCAGAAACGAACUCCAGUACAAGGUGCACGUGGAGGGCAUUUACGAACGGGUCCAGAGGAUGCAGCGGGCCAAGCCGUGCAUCUGGUGGAAGGCCAUCAGCUACCACUACGUGCGGCGGACGCGGCAGGUGACGCGGUACCGCAACGGAGAUGCCUACACCACCACGCAGGUGUACCACGAGAGAGUGAACACGCACGUGGCCGAGGCCGAAUUCGACUACGGCCACUGCGGCGUCAAGGACGUGUCCAAGCAGCUGGCGGGUCUGGAGAAGUCCGCCAUCACCAAACUGAGGUUCACCAAGUGCUUUAGCUUCGCCAAUGUGGAGUCGGAAAACUCCUACCUGACCCAGCGGGCGAGGUUCUUCACCGACAACGAAGGGCUGGACGACUACAUGGAGGCCCGGGAGGGGAUGCAUCUGAAAAGUGUGGACUUCAGAGAGUACACCAUCGCCUUUUCCGACCCGGACCGCCACCCCUGGUACGUCUCCAACUACGUCUUCUGGGCAGCCGCCUUCCUCACCCUGUCGUGGCCGUUGCGGGUGCUGACGGAGCACCGCACGGCUCACGUCCACUUCCGCGUGGAGAAGCUCUUCGGCCCCGACUACGUCCCGGCUACGCCGUGCGACGAGCAACCCUACAGCAGACGCAUCCCUAGGGUCAACACCAUAGACAGCACCGAGCUGGAGUGGCACAUUCGCUCCAACCAGCAGCUGGUGCCCAGUUACUCCGAGGCGGGUCUGAUGGACCUGGCCCAGCGCUCGGGAGGGCUCCGGCAGAACUGCGAGCGCUGCCACCGCGCCAUCAGCAGCUCGUCCGUCUUCUCCCGCAGCGCCCUGAGCAUCUGCAAUGGCAGUCCACGUGUCCCCUUCAGCGCCAGCCGCUUCUCUCUGGGCCGUCUGUACGGCUCGCGCCGAAGCUGCUUCUGGAGGAGCGGGAGCCUGGACGACCCCGAGAACCCCGGCGAGAACACCCGCUGCCUGUCCGGACGAAUCGCGGCCGAGGAGGACGACCCGCCGCCGUACCAGGACGCCCUUUACUUUCCGGUGCUCAUCGUGCACUGUAGCGAGAGCUGCCCAAACCAUCGCUCCUUCCACAGGAACAGCUCGUGCGUGGAGACGUCGUUAUGAUCUCGUAAACCUCUCUGCAACACUUGACACCUCCUGAAAUACAAGACACAUUGUGUUGCUCAGGAAGCAUAUGUCCGUAUGCUUCCAUCAUUCACAAACACAUCCAACGCACGUUCAUAGCAAUACAUUUUUUUGCUACAAGUCGAGAACUCAAAACAACAACAACAAAGCAAAAACAUGACCGUUCAGACGUUUUUCUUUUUAUUAUGAACCAUUGCACUUGAGGUUACGGCAGUGAAUGUGUUCACCUGUUGAUUUCAUAAACAGACAGUAUGAAAUAAAAGUAUUAUGGGUAAUUUAUCAUCAGGCAGAACUGUAUACUGUUAUUACGUCUAUAAUGGCGAUGUCAACAAUGAAUAUCUCAAACCAUUUAUAAAACAACAACAUAUUACACAUUUCAGGCUAUGCAACUAUGAAUCUCUGAUAUGUUAUGCCUUUCAAAUGUAUAUAGCCUGUCAUUGACUGUUAAAGCUUUCUUCUGUGUAUGUAAUGUACAAACUAUUUAAUGAUGAACUGAACGCUUUAGCGUGUUCGUGAAGCCAGCUGUUAUUUAGUGAAUGUCCUUGGGAUUAGUGGCACCUGCUAUGUGCUCUUUAAAUAGCAUUAAUGCCAAUUCUAUAGACGGAUUCAUUUUAACAACAUAAACAAACGUUACUGCGCAUGCGCACUUUUGUGACCCCCCCCAACUGAACUUCCGGUAUACAUUCACAAACAAUAGAGCACUGGAGAUUAUUUCUGAUAACAAUCAAAAGAAACCGAGCGUUACGUAGUUAACCGUGUCUAGAAUUUCGACUGCGAUACCAAUCUCAACCGUUAGAUGUCAGUGUGCCACACGCUCUCUUUAAAUGCGACAAAACUACAGGACCCAUUCAACAAACUGUCUAUUUAAUCAAAUGAACAUACAACAAAAUUCAACAAAUUGUUUAUUUAAUACUAAUACAAUUAUUAUACAGUAAAAUAAUAAUACAAAUGAAUCUUAACAUAAACCAAAUAACAUAUAAAUAGCUAUUUUAUUAGACACUAGCCAAACACAAACCGGAAGUUAACUGGGGGUUCGAUGAAACGGUCUAUUUAUUCAUUUAGCAGACGGUUUUAUCCAAAGCUACUUACAGAAGAGGGUAAAAAAUGGAAGAAAUUGGAACAACAUAAGGACAACAAAAAGCAUAAGUGCUGCUAUACAGGCGGAAGAUUCUGAGGAAAAGACACAACGGCUUUGUCAACAACAUGGAGAUUUCUUUAUGCAGCUCUAGAUUAUUUGCAUCGCUCAUUAAUCAAAGCUGCGGAAUACUUUCUGAUAGCUUCAUCAUUCCUGAUACGAUGCUGGAGAGACGUACAGACCCUCAGAGGCGCUCUUGAGCAUUCCAAAGACAUGUUUUCAAUCUUGUCUGUAGUUCAGCGUAUAUAUCUGUGGUCUGUUGCCUUUGACGUCUGAAGGUUGCGAAUGUAUUUUUCAUAAUAUUUGCGUCCUUACACUUUUAUACUGCCUGGAUAAUGUAUAUCAUAUCACGAACGCCUUUAUGUAGCACACAUUAAACAGACAUGUUACAGUAAACAGAUGUAAACUCACCGAAUAAACUGCGUGUGGGUUCAUACAGAUGUCAUGUGUGUUGAAAUGGCACGCAAGCCUGGAAACGAGAUAAAAGGCCAUUUCUUUACAUAGAAACUCGAUUCAUGCACACAAUUCAUCCGUGUUUGCUAUUACAAUGAAUUUGUUUUUGUCAUGUUUCAUCAAAAUGUAUGAACUUGCUGAAUAUCUGAAACAAACUAAAGGAUAAAGUUGACUCGUAUUCUGGAGUAAAAGCAUCAUCACACCAGGAUGGAUAGAGGCGGCGCUGUUAAAGCGCAUUAACACAAACACGCCACGAGAUGGCAGCAGAGCUUCAAUCAACAUUUAUGUCCAACAGGUUAUUUUUGGUGUUUUAUAAAAACAUCAGUUUAAUUGGUCAAUCCUAUAUAUCUGUAGAUUUAUAAAAGUAUCUUGAAAAAAUGAAAUCUGAAUAAUAACCAGUUGCAUACACAGUUGAAUGAAUGAAAAGGAUAUUAGAGGUUUGUUUGAACUAUAUAUAUGUUUGGAUAGUACAUGUAUGUCCCCUGACAGGGUUUUGUGUUUAAUUCAAAGGAAAAACUGCAGGAAUAACUGGUUGCUGGAUGACUCUACAGAGAAAGACUGAAGCACUGGAAUGGUUGAAGAGGUUUUUAAAUCUUGUGUUUGUAAAGUGUACACAUACAGGGUUGAGUGCAGAUGUCGUCUUUUGUGUGAUCUAGUCAGAAAGCUCUCCGGUCUUUUGAACUAUUGAUUGACAAUGAAUGACAGAGGAUAUAUUAAAACAAUG